AUGAAGGGGGAUACUUAUAGGAAGUGGGAGCUACCGGACCCUAAGUCAUUUGCGCUCAUUAUGCUGACUCAAAGCUCCAACCAAGAGAACAUCACGGUUUUAUAUCAGAGAACCGUUGACGCCUAUUGCAUGGGAGCAACGGCCGCACUUAUCAUAUACGACCAUGCCAUCACGUUAUCCCAAGAAGUGAAGUUUAUGUGGCACAGAAAGAUCACCCCCCCUGCGUUGAUUUUCUAUUUGAACCGCUGGUUUGGAUCUGGGUAUGCUAUGCUCUCACUGAUAUUUUUGCCCUAUUGGGCUUGCGCUCCUAUGAAAAGAGCGGAAUCCACGUGGUAUCUGUACGCCGGAAUCUACCUUCUACUACUCAUUGUAUGGGCAUUGUUCUCGGCUCUUCGAGUAUAUGCCGUCUGGCGCGACUGGCGACUUGCGCUUCUUGUGUUCGUAUUGGGAUUGGCGGUUGUGGCAACAAACAUAACUCUAGACAUAGACGUAUGGCACGGCUCUUCAGUCGGUCGUUGCGGCAUUCAAUAUGAUCUACCAGAGAAUGUGUUUGUAGGGUCAGUAUCUCUGCGCUGCACGUUCCCCCACGUAUCACUCAUACAACGAAAAGGCGUAAUCUUCAUCAUGACCCGCAGUUGCACUAUCGUCGUUGAUAUCAUCGCGUUGACUGUCACUUGGGCUCGGACCUACAAGCUUGCGUAUGGUGCGGAUCAGGUGAAGGUGCCGUUGACCUCCUUCCUCCUUCAAUACGGUACCCUCCACUUCACCUUGUCGCUCAUUCUGAACGUUGUGUUUGUGGCGUUCUGGUUUGCCGAGCCGAAUAUCAACCUUCCGUACUUCGAAACAGCACUCAGCAAUAUCACCGUGUCCCGUUUCCUACUGACUAUCCGCCAGGUAGAUCAUCGCGACGAGAAUGGUUCGAACAGUACCCGUCUGUCUUUCGCUCCCUCCCCCCAGUCCGACAGACGAAUCGCUCCAAAAUUCGUUGAAAGCAUGGGAGAAACCCUGGAUCUCACUUUGUGUUUUGCGGAAGAUGAAGAGGUGGCUGAUGACGAAGAAUACGACUGA